CUUUGUGCCGUGCAGGGAUUACACAGGUGGGGGAAACUGCCCGAGUAAAGCAUCUAUAAUUGGACAGACCGUCAUUGUAACUGGAGCAAACACAGGGAUUGGAAAGGAGACAGCACUGGAGCUUGCAAAAAGAGUUCUUUCUUUAUGGCACUGAAUUUCAGGAGGCAGGAUAAUUAUGGCAUGUCGUGACAUGGGAAAAUGUGAAAAUGCUGCAAGAGACAUACGGGGAAAAACACUUAAUCAUAAUGUGUUUGCAAGGCAUCUAGACCUAGCAUCAUCUAAAUCCAUUAAAGAAUUUGCAAAAACUAUAAUAAAUGAGGAAGAGCGUGUAGACGUAUUGAUUAAUAACGCAGCAGUGAUGAGGUGUCCUCACUGGAAGACAGAGGAUAACUUUGAGAUGCAGUUUGGAGUUAAUCAUUUAGGUCAUUUUCUCCUUACCAACUUGCUGCUUGAGAAGAUGAAGCGGUCUGAGAAUUCCAGGAUCAUUAAUGUAUCAUCCUUGGCACACAUAGCAGGAGAUAUUGAUUUCGAUGACUUAAACUGGGAAAAAAAGAAGUACAACACUAAAGCAGCAUAUUGCCAGAGCAAGCUUGCUAAUGUCCUUUUUACAAAUGAAUUGGCCAAGAGGCUGCAAGGUACCAAAUUGACUGCCAACUCACUCCACCCAGGAGUUGCAGAUACAGAACUGGGCAGGCAUACAGGAAUGCACCAAUCUGCAUUUUCCAGCACCAUUCUAGCUCCAUUGUUUUGGUUCUUGGUCAAAUCCCCCAAGCAAGCAGCACAACCAAGUGUCUACCUGGCUGUUGCUGAGAACCUCCAAGGGGUAUCCGGAAAAUAUUUUAAUGCACUAAAAGAAAAAGAGCCUGCUCCGCAGGCCUUAGAUGAGGAGUCGGCAAGGAAACUCUGGGAGGAAAGUGCCAAACUGGUGCAUCUUGAGGAAGCAUUAACUGAAUGUAAAGCUCUGUAGGAUUCAUAUUUGAAUCAAGCAAAAUACCUUCAAUGAAGGUUUCAUUUGAAAGAUAACUUUGUAGUAAUUAUUUUUUUAUCUAUAAAAAAAAUAAAACAAAAUAUUCACGUGUUACUACUAAAUUGAUAAAUCAACCUUUUGUUACCAAAGGGCUAUUGUUAAUAGAAUAGUAAGUCACCAUUUUCAAGUACUUUCAGGCAUUAAGCACAAGCAAUAUAUGUUCUUGCUUACACUGUAACAUUUACAAUAAAGCAGUGGUGCUCACCAUGUCAAGCGA